UACACGCGCACCCUCCCCCCUCGUGACUGUGUCGGUGUUAAUCCGCGUCUGUCAGAGCGGCGUCAUGGCGGAUAUCAAAACGGGAAUCUUUGCUAAAAAUGUGCAGAAGAGACUGAACAGAGCACAGGAGAAGGUUCUGCAGAAGCUGGGAAAAGCGGACGAGACCAAAGAUGAACAGUUUGAACAAGUUGUCAUCAACUUCAGGAGACAGGAGUGUGAAGGUUCGCGGCUGCAGAGGGAGAUGAAAGGCUACCUGUCUGCCAUCAAAGGGAUGCAGCAGGCCUCAAUCAACCUGACCCAGUCUCUCCAUGAGGUCUAUGAACCAGACUGGCAUGGAAAAGAUGAUGUCAUGACUAUCGGGAAGGAUUGUGAUGCAUUGUGGGAAAACUUCCACAAUAAGCUGGUGGACUCUACGCUGCUGAAUCUGGAUGAAUACCUGCUACAGUUUCCUGACCUGAAGAACCGUGUGGCCAAAAGAAGUCGAAAACUCAUCGACUUUGACAGUGCUCGGCAUCAUGUUGAAACGCUACAGGCAUCUGGAAUGAAAAAUGACCGCAAGAUGCUGAAGGCAGAUGAGGAGCUGAGAAAGGCCCAGAGAGUGUUUGAUGAGCUUAAUGUUGGUCUGCAGGAUGAGCUGCCAACUCUUUGGGACAGCCGAGUUGGAUUCUACAUCGGCACGUUCAAAAGCGUGACGAGCCUUGAGGCCAAAUUUCACCGUGAGAUUUCUCUGGUGUGUAAGCAGCUGUAUGAAGUGAUGAUGCAACUUAGUGAACAACAUGCUGACAAAAUGUUCACCAUCCAAGGAGCACCAAGUGAUUCUGGGCCACUGCGACUGGCUCGGACACCCUCACCACCGGAAGAAGAGAGUCCUCCUGAGAGUCCAGAUGCCACUUCCAAUCAUAUGCUCCGACCUGUCUCUCCUGGACCUCCGCGGCCCAGAUCUCCAGUACAGAUGAAAAAGGGCCCCCCGGUGCCUCCUCCCCCCAAAGUCACACCUUCCAAAGAGGUGGUGGAGGAGCAGAUCAUUGACCUGUUUGGAGGAGAGUUCUUACCUGCACCGUCACCAUCACAGCCCAAUGAGAGGCCUGGAGAAUCUCUUCUUGAUCUGGACUUUGACACCUUCCAGCCAGAUGAGAGUGUAUCACCAAUACCGCAGACUGCUGUGCCUUGGGAUACGUGGUCGGCGCAGCCAUCCAAGACUGCUGAAGAAAGCGGAUUUGUUGCCGACUGGUCAGCUGACUUUGGUCCAGCCAAUGGAGAGGCUGCUCCGGGAGUGGACGACACUGCUGUUCCUGAAGGGGCAGAGAGUGGAGAUCAAGCUGGAGAUACGCAUUGGGCCCAAGCAGAUGGUCCACAGCUGGCUGGAGAUAGAACCACAUCUUCUUCUCCACCACAGGACAGUGAAGCAGCAGAGGAUGAGGUUAGCAGCUGGGAUGGCGCUUCUCAAACAAACCCCAAACUUCUCUAUGGUACUGGUGAUGAAACUGAAACAGGGCAGGAAGACUCAAAGGGAAAUAAAUCAGAUGGGCGAGACCGCAGAAAGUCCACCCCUGGGCUAAUUUUUACUAAUGAGUAUGGUGAACAGAUUGAGGACUGCUCCACGCUUAUGAGAGAAAAGUGGUCCAGGUCUCCCGAUGGCUCGGGAUCUGAAUAUGAAACCGCUGAAGAAUUUGGAGAUGGGCUUCAAGGUGGUGGCUGGGCAAGUGCAGACGAUGAACCUGCACGGGAAGACCACCCUGCUGUUAGAUAUGCAGAAGGAGAGCAUGAGAAUGCCAUGGGAAGUAGAAGCAGUGGUGAAACAAAGACACACCGGAAACCUGCAGAUGAAAAGGAACCAAAACAAGCAGAUUUCAUGUUAGGAGAUGUUGGAAGUCAGGGAGGGGGCCCGUAUGAUUCACUAACCCUAACUGAAACACAGGGAGGGGGGACGUUUGAUUCUGAUCCUUUAGCUGAAACACAGGGAGAAGGUUCAUUUGAGUCACUAAACAUAACUGAAACACAGGGACGGGAGGCAUUUGAUUCUGAUCCUUUUGCUGAAACACAGGGACGAGGUGCGUUUGAUUCUGAUCCUUUUGCUGAAACGCAGGAAGGCGGGGCCUUUGAUUCUGAUCCUUUUGCUGAAACACAGGGAGGGGGGGUGUUUGAUUCUGAUCCUUUUGCUGAAACGCAGGAAGGCGGGGCCUUUGAUUCUGAUCCUUUUGCUGAAACGGAGGGAGGGGGAGCAUUUGAUUCUGAUCCUUUUGCUGAAAUGCAGGGAGUGGGGGCAUUGGAUUCUUAUCCUUUUGCUGAAACGGAGGAAGGGGGACCGUUUGAUUCUGAUCCUUUUGCUGAAAUGCAGGGAGUAGGGGCGUUGGAUUCUGCUCCUUUUGCUGAAACGCAGGAAGGGGGGGCGUUUGAUUCUGAUCCUUUUGCCGAAACGGAGGGAGGGGGAGCGUUUGAUUCUGAUACUUUUGCCGAAACUAAGGGAGGCGAGACAUGUGUUUCUGAUCCUUUUGCCGAAACUCAGGGAGAGGGGGCGUGUGAUUCUGAUCCUUUUGCUGAAACACAGGUUAGAGACAAUGCAGGUAGUUCAAAGUUAGAAGACAGUUCAGGAGAGAAAUUUUUUGUGGCCUCUGGAGAUGGAGGAAGCGGGUGGGAUCCUUUCGCCAACAGUCUCCUUGCAGCAUCUUCAGCAGCUGUGAUUGAUGCCAACGUAUCCUGGAAGCAAGUUAGCAAGAACAGCAGCUUUGAUCCUCCUAUCAAACACAGAACGACAACCACAGAAGUCCAAGAUGUACCGGUAAAUGUUCCUAAAAUUCGCAAGGAACCAGAAAGUUCCGACAUGUCCGAAGACGAGGCUGCAAACCUGAGACUUGGAAAGUUGUACCAAGAUCUAGCUAAAGAAAAGGAAGAGGAUGCUACCGGUCCAUCAUUCUUUGCGGCUUUUGAUCAAAUGAACGAAGUAAACGUUGGCUCAACGGAAGGUUCUAAGAUGUCCGGUCCAGUGCCCCCUGCUGGCGAGGAAGAUACAUCAGAAUGUCCUGCCCCUCCAAAGGAAGAGGAACUUACUGAGUCUGCUUCAUGUUUGGAAGAAAAGAAAGAAAGUCCUGUGGACGAAACUUCGGAAACAAUGCCCAUCCCAUCUGUGGUGAUUGAGCCCGCCUCCAGCAAUGAAGGUGAUGAUGACCGUGACGCUGACAUAAUCUCACCUUCGGCUAUCAGUGACAAUGGCGUGGCAGCUGAUAAACCUUCAAUCAAACCCACAAGUUCGUCUGCGGGAAUGGCAGGACUCCCUAGUGACUUUCUUUAUAAGGUGGAAACCAUGCACGACUUUGAGGCUGCCAACUGUGAUGAGCUGGACCUGAAGCAAGGUGACGUUGUCUUGGUGGUUCCCACUGCCUCAAUAGAAGACCAGGAAGCUGGCUGGCUGACAGGAUUCAAAGAAAGUGACUGGACGAGGCUUGGAACUGGAGCUCAAAAGGGACUUUUCCCAGAAAACUUCAUACAGCGUUUGGAGUGAGAAGGUUCUUCAGGACGAGGGAAAAUAAGCAAGAAGCAAUCUGGUCAGCAUGUACCAAUGCCUUUUAACUGAAACACUGCUGGACUAUCCCUAGCAUUAACUUUGAUGUGAUUCUCCCCCAUUUAAACAAAACAAGACACAUAAUUGUUUGCUGUCAUUAUUUUGUUUUUGCAUGUUUCCAUCAAAAAAAUAUUUUUGGAAGGAAAACAAAAAGUACCAUAUACUGUAUUGUACACCAACUGUUAACACUGUGUUGAAGUACUUUCAAUGUAAUUGAUCGUUUUUUUUUUUUUUGAAAAUUUUGUUACCAUAGAUAUGCUGUGGUCACAAUUUGUGGGGCUUUGGUCAUAUUUUUCUGAGAUAAGUAUCUGUGAAUUAACUUGUUUGAUCACUGUUACUGUAGUUUGGCAAAAACGUGAAAUUUCUUCCAGUAAUUAGCUUUUUUUAUGUAGUCCAUCAGACAUGUCAACAGUGCUAGCUUAAUUGCAACAUGGAAAAUGACUGAUGAUUAUUUCAAAUGAAGAAACAAUGUAUGAGUUCAGGGAAGAGAAUAACAAAUUCAAUAUGCAAUAUAUGUAGUUGGAUAUAUAUAUAUAGUUGGUUUGACUCACAUACUGUAUAUGUUUGUGAUUAGAUAUUGAAGUCAUAUCAUUGUCACCUAUCUGUCACAAUAAAAAUGUUUCAAUAA